AUGCUGGAAAAAGAAAAACCAAGGGCUCUAAUGGGGGAGGAAGGUCUGGGAUACUACGACCUGGCCAGAAAGCUCGAGACCUGCGGGGUGUGGCGCUCAUGGCUCGGCGAUUCCAGUUACGCCGCUUUCGUCCACUCCCUCGCCUCCCCUUCCAAUUGGGAGGCCUUCAUGCAGGUCGACGACUCCAAAUCUAGGGUUCAGAUCCACCUCCAACUCCGGGUGCGGGCUCUCCUCUUCGACAAAGCCAGCGUCUCUCUCUUCCUCCGCUCCAAUCCCUCUUCUUCUUCUUCGUCGCUGGCAUCUUCUUCUCUUGCCGUUUCGAAGCUCAAUCCGACUUAUUUGCAAUUGCACGGCGAUGACGUGUACUUCACGCUGGAGAAUUCUGCACAAGAUGGAGUUCAACAUCGGGAUGGUGGUGUUUUGUCCACUUCUGCGUCAUCCAAGAUUCAAUCAAGGGCAGCUUUUAGUGGCGGAUCAAGAUAUGGGGGACCUGAGAUUGAUAAUGUACCCCAGAGAUUCAGGAAUGGAGAGUUGCCUGAAACAUGGUAUAAUCAGUUCAUUGAGAAGUAUAGAAUUAGCAAACGUUAUAGUUUGUCAUCAGCGGACCAUGACUUAGACAAACGUACACCGGAAGAGAUGUCUGCUUAUUUGAGACUUAUUGAGAGGCAUAAGAAAAGGCGUAUGGCAUUUAAGGAGGAUCACUCCAUGGGCUAUGGGAAUUCCACGUUGGAGAAUCAGUCAAACUUGCAUCCAAAUUCUGUAUUAAAUGGCAAUAGUUUAAUUGAAGAUGAUGCACCUCUUUUCCCAGAGACAAUGUUUACAUUAAACUGUGUACCUGACAGUGCAUUCCCCCACACAGAUAGAGUGGAAGAAAACCAGAAAGUGGAGUUCUAUGGAGUUCUUGAUACCUUGCCUCAAAUUAUGACCAGGAAUCCUAUGAUGAUUGAGAGGCUCGGUAUCAGGCCUGAGUACCUCAGCAUAGAACACGGAGGAAGCUUAUAUCGUGGAAAAAUUGGGUCUGAAGGGAACAGGAAACAUCUUGGUCCAGAGCAAGCGUCACUAAUGUCUCAAAAGGUUAUAGCACGCAUGUUGGCAAGUGUGGGGUUUGGUGGUGCCUCUGAAGUUCCAGUGGAAGUCUUCUCUCAGCUGCUGAGCUGUCAUGUAUGCAAAUUAGGCCGAAUAUUGAAGGUACUUACUGAUAGUUACAGAAAGGAAUGUUCAGCUACUGAACUACUUAAGAUGUUUCUUAAGACAUUGGGAUAUAGUAAUUUGGGGCCUUUAGCUGAGCAUGUGAAGGAUGGCUCCAGGAAUUUUGUUCAACCAACUCAGCAACAACUUCAGGAAAUCCAACCACAAUUGCAGUCACAGCACCAUAAUUCUCUUCUACUUCCCCAGCAAAUGCCUAGACAAAUGCAUCCACAGAUGCAGCAAAUUGUUCAUCCCCAGAAUCUGGCUUUUCAGCAACAACAGCAGCAGCUGGCUGAAAGAAUGAGAAGACGUCAACCUUCCACUCCUCGCCCUGUUAUGGAUAUUGAGAAGGACAGACCAAUGGUGCAAGUUAAGAUUGAAAACCCAACUGAAUUACCAAUGGAUGGUAAUGCCCUGAACUCUAUCAAUGCCAGGCAUACCCAAAUGCAAUUCCGUCCGCAACAAGUUGCUUCAAUGUCGAAUCUCCAUGCACCGGGGAGUCAGUUUAGACAAAUGUCUUCCCUUCAAAUGCCCCAAAUCCAGACACAGAAUAUGGGCAUUGUUAGGGCUCGGCCUGUAAAGGUGGAGGGCUUUCAGGAAUUGAUGGGUGGGGAGGCUACAUCAAAGCAUGAUACGGAGGAAAAUAGGCUCGUGUCCCCCUCAAGUAAAUAACUUUUGCUAGUAUUUGGUCAUUUGUUGUAGACACAGGUGGGGUAGUUUUGCCUUUGGCGCUUUUUUCUGCAAUAGUUUUUGCUGUUUUCGCUGUAGAAGCAGCUUUUCUUUCUGAUAUAAAGCUGACAUAAAUAUGAGUACUUUUGUACAGUUUGUUUACGAGAAUUGACCUUUCUAAAUUAAAAUAUCGUCUUGUUAAA